AUGAGCGUGGUUGACAAGGUCGAUAUUCUUAUUAUUGGGGCCGGUCCGGCAGGACUGACGGCCGCCAAUUGCUUCAACGGCAGUGGCUUACGAGUGCGGGUGAUUGACAAGAAGUCAGGAACAGUGGAGACCGGCAAAGCAGAUGGAUUAAAAAGCAUAUCUCUUGAAGUUCUCGAUACGUUUGGGAUCGGCGAUAUCGUCCGAAUCGAGUCUCAUCGCGUUGAAGAAGUUGUUUUGUGGGAAGCUGAUGGGCAGGGAGGAGUUGAGCGGUCCAUGACCAUUGCAGAUCGAGUUCCAGAGCUGGGAAAGCCGAGAGAAAUGACCCUGGAUCAAGGCCGAAUUGAGCACCACUUGGUUUCAAACCUUGAGCGACACGGAAGUGUUGAGGUUUCCUGGCGGACACAGCCUGUUGAUUUGCAAAUUAACCAACGAUUGGUCGGGGAUCUCCUUGCAUAUCCCAUCACUGUAACGACGAAAGUUGAGCGCGGUGGAAGCUCUGAAAUGCAACUCAUCCAGGCCCGAUAUGUGAUUGCCUGUGAUGGAGCACGCAGUUGGACUAGAAAGCACCUGGAUAUUCCUUUGAGGGGUGACCUAACGGAUUCGACAUGGGGUGUGAUGGAUGCCGUGCCAAAGACAAACUUCCCCGAUAUUCGUAAGGUGUGCGUCGUCCAUUCGGCGCAAGGCACGGUUAUGGCAGUUCCUCGCGAAAGGAAGUUGGUACGAUUUUAUAUCGCGAUGGAUGGAACUGAUCUUGACGUCCCGACUGCCUUGUCCCAAAAGACUCUGACCGUUGUCCACGUGGUCAAUGCUGCGCGUUCUAUUUUGAGUCCGUAUACGUUUGAGGUGGGGGAGGUGGCGUGGUGGUCAGCAUAUAAGGUUGGCCAGCGCGUCGCAGACAAUUUCUCCAGGGACGAUCGGGUGUUCCUUGCCGGUGAUGCAGUCCACACACAUUCACCAAAAGCAGGGCAAGGGAUGAACACUAGCAUCCAAGAUGCUUAUAAUAUUGGUUGGAAAUUACGAUUCUACCUCGAAAAGAAUUGCUCGAGAUCACUUCUCGCAACCUACGAGCAGGAAAGAAGGCCAAUCGCCCAGCAGCUGAUCAAUUUCGAUCGUGAAUACCUUGAAUUAUUUGCCAACCCGAGCUUGAAGUUUGAUGAGUUUUUGAUGGCAUACAAAACCGCCAUGAGAUUCACCACCGGAAUUGGGAUCCAAUAUUCACCGUCUUUGAUUGUGCAAUCAUGCCCACCAGAAAAUAAGACUGACAAACCUACGGGAAUACUCGCACCCGGAAUGCGACUACCUGAUUUUCAGAUGGUUAACCAGGCAGACGGCGUGCCAACAACUCUCUAUCGCCGACUCACCAUGAACGGGCAAUUCCGUCUUUUGAUUUUCGCAGGAGAUAUCUCCGAAGAACCUUUAUACCAUAGACUUCUGCAAUUUGGCCAGUGGUUGGCAGAUUUUCUGCGUCUCAAUCCGGGCAUGGAGGCGAUCACUGUUCAUUCCAGCAAGCGAGCUACCAUUGAACUGAUGGAGUUACCAGAGGUUUUUCACCCAUGGAAUGAUGCUGAUGGGUGGGACUACUCCAGAAUCUACGCCGACGAUGAGAGCUAUCACGAUGGCCAUGGACAGGCUUAUAAGCGCUGUGGUAUUGAUCAAAACGGUGGCUAUGUGGUUGUGAUGCGCCCGGAUGGCUACACAAGUCUCAUUUGUACUAUGGAACAGACAAGCCAGAUUACGAUGUUUUUUGCGGAUCUUUAUAUGAGAGACUCUGCCGUGGCCAGCGGGUCAGCUAGAUUAUGA